CAGAACGAGUCGGAACUCCACAAACAGAAGAUGAACAAGUUCCUAUUUACAUUCGUCGUUAUCGGAAUUAUUCUGUUAGAAAGUAGCGAAGGUCGAUACGUGAAAAUCGAAGGACGUGAUCGAUUCAAUUUAAAACGAAGAAAUUCCGAAGGAAGUCUUGCAAAUGUACAAAAUAAAGAUGUUGAUACAAAUGCUAAAGCACUUGGUAGUCAGGAUAUUUCGCCACAUAGUAUAACUGGUAUUGGGCUUGUUAGUGCAGUUAUUAGCCCUCUCGAUCCUGAUACUGUUAAAGUUUUAAGUGCUGUUCUUGACGAUAUUGACAAAGGCCUAAAUAAUUUAUUUGGUGUAGUUGAUAAUCUUGAUGAUCUCGUCAAGAUUUACAAGACGAUCUUCGUGAUAUCAAGGAAAUAGUCUUAAGAAAAGAAAAUAUAAGAAAAGGAUUGAAGCACUGAGAAGAUUUUAUAAUUAGAACGAAAGAAGGUCAGUAUUAUUAAACAGAAAAAUUUCUUAAUUCAUUAUUGAAUGAAAUCAAUUUAUUUUUUAAAAUUAUUUAUAAAGUAAUUACUACUUCCAUUUGCAAGUAUAAAUGUCUCUUUUAUGCGUAUUUUCCUCCAAUUUGUAAUUAUUUUAAGAAAUGUUAAUUCUUGCUAUGAAAAAUACAGACAAAAUAUUAUUUAAAAUAAUCAAAUGCCCUUGAAUAUUCAUUUUUUAUUUAUAUAAUAUUGUGUAUUAAAAUUGUCUUUUUCUUUGUAGUUAACCUAUAAUUGGUGCACCUCAAAGUCAAACUUCGGGUUUCACUUCUAUAAUAUAUUAUAUUAUAUUAUAUGUUAUAUGUUGAAUGCUUUUUAAAAAUUGUAACUGUGAUAUUAAAUUAUUAAUAAAGA